AUGGGCCUUUCUGAAUUUUUCUCAAAUUUGAUGCCUACUGUAUUCGCUGAAGAAGAGCAGCCGGUUGAAGAACCAGUUGAAGAAGUCGAAAGCGAAGCUCCAGCCGAGGAAGAAGAGGAAGAAGAAGAAGAACCCGAAGAUCCCAAAGAAGCUAUAUUUGAAGCUUGUACGGAGGAAUGUUCAGCAUUGAAAAAACAUCUCGAUGAAUGCAAUGAGCGUGUUGAAAAUGGAUCCAGUGAAAACUGCAUUGAAGAAUUCUUUCACUUUAUGCACUGUGCUGACGAAUGUGCCGCGCCAAAAAUCUUUGCUGCCACCAAAUAA